GAGCCCGCCCGCCGCCACCCACCUGCCGCCCGCCCAGCCGCCAGGCUCGCCCCGAGCCGAGCGAUGUCCAGGAGGAAACAGAGCAACCCCCGGCAGAUCAAACGUUCCCUGGGAGCGAUGGAGGAAGGUGAGGAUGCUGCUGCAGGCGAGCAGAGCCCCAUGGAGAGGGAUGGGGCCACCUCGGAGCGUGAGGGCUCAGCGGAGCGCGACGCCUGCAGCCCCCCCAGCAGCGAAGAGGCGGAGUGCAAAGAUGUUCCUGAGAGCCCAAAGGAGACGGAGAAGUCAGAUCCUGGAGAAAACACGCAGGAGCUGAGCUCUUGGAAUGGGCCAGAUGAACUGGAGCUGGUGGUGCAGGAUGGGGAGCGUCGGGUGCGAGCCCGACAGAGCCUCCCUGAAGGCUUCUCCUGGGGACCCUUCCAGGGCAGCAUCCACAGUGAGCCAGCAUCACCAGGACACGGCGAGGCGCAGAGCCCACCCGUGACGCUGGUGCUGGGGGAUGAGAGCUGCUGGCUGUCCCGCCUGCCCUUGGUGCCUGGAGAGCCUGAUGCCAACGCUGUCAUCUACAGGAAGGAUGAUGCCGUGUGGUGCAGGACCACACGUGCCGUGCAGGAGGAUGAGCCAAUGUGCGCCUUCGUGGUGGCUGAGCCGGCUGCCAUCCCCAGGCAGGCUGUGAAGGCAGAGCCUGGAGACUCACCCUACCCGGCUGCACUGCACUCCGACAUCCAGCUGCUGCCCCAGCAGGCGGGCAUGGCUGCCAUCCUGGCUACUGCCGUGGUGAACAAGGACGUCUUCCCAUGCAAGGACUGCGGGAUCUGGUACCGGAGCGAGCGCAACCUGCAAGCCCAUCUGAUGUACUACUGUGCCAGUCGGCAGAGCGCGGGCUCACCUGCUGUGGAUGAGAAGCCCAAGGAGACGUACCCAAACGAGCGUGUCUGCCCCUUCCCCCAGUGCAAGAAGAGCUGCCCCAGUGCCAGCUCCUUGGAAAUCCACAUGCGGAGCCACAGCGGGGAGCGUCCAUUUGUCUGUCUGAUCUGCCUGUCUGCCUUCACCACCAAAGCCAACUGCGAACGUCACUUGAAGGUGCACACGGACACCCUCAACGGGGUCUGCCACAGCUGUGGCUUCAUCUCCACCACACGGGACAUCCUCUACAGCCACUUGGUCACCAACCACAUGAUCUGCCAGCCGGGCUCUAAGGGAGAGGUGUACUCACCAGGGCCAGCACUGCCAGCUGCCAAACCCCUCACCCCUGGGCUGAGCCAGCCGAACAAUGCACCCGUGCUGAAGUGCAGCCUGCCCACCUUCAUACCCGAGGGGCUGCCAGCCCUGCCACAGCACGUGGUGCUGCACGGCCCCCUACCCACCGUUCUGCCCGGCCCAGAUGCCACCCCACAGCCCGCAUCACCCUCGGACACCACCACAGGACCCACAUCCUGCGAGGCGCAGAAUGGCGAAGCCCCAAGAGAAGGUCAGUCCUCCUCCUCCGGUGAGCCCAUCCGCAUCAAGGAGGAGCCAGCUGACAGCCCGGCUGGGAGCGAGGCGGAGGAACCCAAAAGCGGGGAAGCCGCUGCUAGCCCCAGCUCAGAGCCAGAGCCCAGCUCCCGGACUUCAUCCCCCCGUAGCCUUCCCCCAGGGAAGGUGAAGUCGGAGCUGGCCAGCCCCACGCCGGGCUCCAGCCCUGUACCCAGCGAGCCGGGCUCAGGCACGGCGGGAGGCACCGUCUUCCUGCCGCAGUACCUGUUUGGCCACGAGGCUGCAACGGUGGUCCCGCAGGCAUCGGAGAUCCUAGCCAAGAUGUCAGAGCUGGUGCACAGCCGGCUGAAGCAGGGCCAUGGCACGGUGCCACCGGGACUGUUCACCGGAGCGCCGGUGCCGAAAGGUGCGACGUGCUUCGAGUGCGAGAUCACCUUCAACAACAUCAACAACUACUACGUGCACAAGCGGCUCUACUGCUCCAGCCGCCACCUGGCCGAGGACAGCCCUCCCGGUGCCCGAAAGCUCAAAGUGCCCCCCGCAACCCCCAAGGGUCCUCCCGUCCCUGGGACGCUGCUGUCUGCUCCGUCAGGUGAAGGGCACAGCGCUCCGUCGGGGGACGGGGAAGUGGGGCGCGCAGCCACACCGCCCGCCCCGCUGGAAGAAGGCAAAGCGGUGUCCCCAGGGACAGAGGUGGCAGCAUCAGGGCGGUGCAGCGAGGACAGCCAGAGCCCCGUCAGCUCGGAGGGGGACGAGGACCCCAGCAAGACGCUGUGUGAGGCGUGCAACAUCCGCUUCAGCCGCCACGAGACCUACGCCGUCCACAAGCGCUUCUACUGCGCCUCGCGCCACGACCCGCCGCUGCGCCGACCCGGCCUGCCCAAGGUGCCCUUCAUCCCGCAGCCCCUCCGCACCCGCAAGCGCCGCAAGCUCUACGAGAUCCACGGGGCUGAGCCGCCCCCACAGCCCGACCCCAAAGCCCCUGCGGCCGCCCCUUCGCCCAGCUCCAGCCCCGAUGCUGAGGGCCCCAUUGAUCUGAGCAAGAAGCCGCGGCGGCGCGGCGGAGAGCAGAACGCAGCCACGUUGCUGCCGUUGGCCGACUACCACGAGUGCACGGCGUGCCGCCUCAGCUUUAACAGCCUGGACAGCUAUCUGGCCCACAAGAAGUUCUCCUGCCCUGCCACCCCGCUGCAGCCCGGUGCCAUGGAGCACCUCCAGAAGAUCAAAGGGGCCGUGCCCAAGGGACACCGCGACGGCGAAGGGGACAAAACGGCCCCAACCGGCGCCGCCAAGGCUCUGCCACCCACCUACCCUGCAGUAUCCAUGGGGGAUUCGCGGUACCCUAAAGGUGCCAAAGGGCCGCUUUCUGUCUGCCCCUACUGCCCUCUUAACGGGGCCAUCAAGGGGGACCUCAUUGAGCACUUCCGCCACGUCCAUGGGCUCUUUGUGGCUGCGCAUGGCCUCCCUGACACCCCACGGCCCGGGGGGGGCAGGACGCCCGAGCCCCCCGCCGCCUCACCCCCACGCCCACCCGCCCCGCGCCUCCGCCGGGACAGCUUCAACGGCAAGGAGGCUCGCGAUGCCCCCCCCAACGGCAGCCCCCGGCCCCCCGUCUCCCCCCGGCCCCCCGCUGACAAGCCACCCACUCCACCCUCCUAUACAGACCGGGGGGUGCAGACCCCCCCGGCCAAGGCUGCCCCCAGCCCUGUGCCCAACGGCAACCACCGGUACUGUCGCCUGUGCAACAUCAAAUUCAGCAGCUUGUCCACUUUCAUCGCCCACAAGAAGUAUUAUUGCUCGUCCCACGCAGCCGAGCACGUCAAGUAAAGGGCCCCCCCCCAGCUCUGAUCGGCAGUUUGGGGUUGGGGGGGCUGUGAGGGAAUGGUGUGGCUGGGGGGGACACUGGGGGCCGACAUCCCGGUGAUGGAUGUGUAUUUAUAAAGCGAUGCGGCACCAUCCUCACUGCAGAUGUGGGGUUGGGUCUCGAUGAUGGACCCCGGGGGGGGGCUUCCGCAGCCCCUCCUCAUCUCCAGAGCACCACAUCUCUCUGCUCUGGGUGCUGACGUUCACCUCAAGUGGAAGGACCUCAGAGCACGGACCUGAAGCCGUGGUAUGGGGAGGGGGGCUGCCCCCCCAGCUCUGCAAAGCCCCCUCCAUCUGCCCUACUGCUCCUCCCUACAUGGUGCUGCAGGGAAACUAGGGCGGGGGGAGGGGGGGGCAGACACUACAGGGAAAGGGGGGCACAACCAGGCCCUGGAACAGGAGAGCACUGAAGUUGAGAAUGAAGCAACCCUGGGAACUGUGUGUAUAAGCGUGUACAGAAAAUAAAUAUGUCUAAUUACA